CUACUUGGCUGGGAACAGCUGACAUCCUGCGACGCUCUCUUUCACAUUAUGAAACAUCUGCCUCUCCAAGACUGGAGAGCUGCACAAAAUUGCAAAAUCCAGGCUAAACAUCUGGCUGUCACUGUGCAACGAACCAGAACACAGAAUCAAAGAAGACCUUGAUCAGGUUUUCCGAGCUGGCAGCAAGGAAACUCGCUGAAUAAACAAUAUACACAAAGGAUCCAGAUCAGGAAAUGAGGCUACUGUGAGAGCUGGAGAGAAAAUUAUUUUCAUUUUCACUUCAACUUUCGACAAGACUGGAUCUCUCUGGCUGGAGGGGAAAAAAAAACACUUUCUCCAGGAGAGAAAGGGCUAAUUUCAGAGGAAUUAACAAAAUAAAUAAAAUCAAACGAUCGGAAGAAGUUUGGGAUGCCGUGCAGGGAAGCCAUUGACUGGAAAGCAACUUCAGAAAGCCUUGAUCCUAUGGCUUUCCUUCUCUCUCUGGGAUCGCUGUAAUUGGGGGGAACAUGUUCCUGGUAAGUCCAUGCUUUAAAAUGGAAGAGAAUCUAUAUAGCAAAAGCUUUCAGUCGCCCUUCAGAGCCAGGAAAUAUUAGCCGGUGGAACGGUCUGCCACUUGAAGCAGAGAUGCUUCGCCUGGCCGUAGUCAUUCACCUGCUGCUCCUUCGGAAUGCCUCUUCCUGUGAAUCGUGGGAAUACUCCAUUGAGGGGGAGUGUUGUCCCAAGUGUGGCGCAGGACUCCGAGUUUUAAGACACUGCACCAGGGGUUCGGGUACAUCCUGCGUUUCCUGCAACCCUGGCUGGUUUACCGAGCAUCCCAACGGAUUGACCAACUGCUUAAAGUGCCGGGAAUGCCCUCCAGGAAAUCACAUGCAAGUUAAAGAGCGGUGCCACUACACGAAGAACACAAAAUGCACCUGCCAGCCAGGUUUUUUCUGUAUACACCAACUGGGGGAAGAUUCCUGCGACGUGUGUGUGAGGCAUACAAUCGCUCCUCCUGGCUUCAGGGUGACACAACUUGGCACCGAAAAUGACGAUGUGCUAUUUGAGCCCUGUCCUCUGGGGACAUUUUCAGCUAAAAAAAUGUCAUUUUCUUGCAUGAAAUGGACCAAUUGCAGUGAGAAAGGCUUACUCGAAAAACACACAGGCAAUGCCACUUCCGAUGUGGUCUGUGGGCCCCAACCAAAAUACCUUGAAAUAAUUUUGCCUGUAAUCAUCAGUUUGCUGAUCCUGGCCCCGGUUUUAACCUUUGUACUGUGGAAAAAUAAAAAGUGCCUGAAAGCACUCGGCAAAAGACAGGCAGAGGAACUACCUUACACCGUGCCAGAGAAGGAAAGUAUGGUAAAACCCGUGCAGGAAACUAACCCGAAUCUUGGACAGCCAAGUUACGCAAACCUUUGAGAGGCGACAAGGUUUACAACACUACUGUGGCCGGCCACUCCUUGUGCGAUUAUGGGUGGGAAAAGACUCCGAGGAAGCUGAUUUGUAAUGGAUCACUUGGACCUUCUCCGUUGGGAUCUUUCUGAAAGGAUCCUGCUCCAGAUUCAGCUAGAGAAGGUGGGCUAAGCUGAAACACAGGAAGAUCUAAAGAGUGAGCCAAGCUCUCUUCCCAAGGAAAAGCAAGACUGAUCUUCCCAGACAAAGAACACUAGGAAAAAAAAUGACAAUAAGGGCCACAAUUUUUCCCGGUCUCUGGCGAGCAUGCAGGAGGUUGGACUAGAAGACCUUCAGAGGUCCCAUCCAGCCUUCCGACGCCACGAUUCCAAAAGGAAAGGCCAUCUGAAUACAGGUAGUCCUCGAUUUACAACAACGGAGCCCAAAAGUUUGGUUGCUAAGUGUGAUAUUUGUACGACUCUUUCUUGCCCCUGUUGUUAAAUGGUCACAAAAGGGGAUGACCAUCAUAAAUAUGAGCCAGUUGUCAAGCAAAACUGAUUUUUGUUCAUGGGACGACGGUCGUCAGUGUGAAAAAUGGCCGUAAAUCUUUUUUUUUUUUUUUGGUGCUUUUGCAACUUCGAACAGUCAAUUAAAUGAGCCGAGGACUGUCUGUAUUGCAAAAAUAUAACCCAUCUUUUCAGUGAGAAACAGGGUGGAAAGGAGAAGGAAUUGCAAAAGUGUGUAUAUGUGGAUCACGGACAAACAACUUACUCUGUCCUUGGAAUGCUUUGCAAUGCUUUCUAACAAAUCUAACGUAGUUUUUUUUCUCCAGGACGGAGAGGAACCGUUUCUAAAUAUGAUAUAUAAAUAAACUCAAAAUUUGUCUGCUACGUGGCUGGGGAAUUCUGGGAGUUGAAGUCCACCUAUGCUCAAGGGGCUGAAGUUGAGAAACACUGCACUACUGUAUAGAAUAAUUGCUGAUUAAAAAAAGAACAAAUUUUCGGGCAAA